AUGUUACUAAGUGAAGACAUUGCAGUGGAUGGAGGUCCGAAGCUGGUGUUUGUUCAUCAGAUGUGUACGGAUUCUGAAAAACACAUGAUCUAUACAUUUGGAGAUAGAAUUCUGACCUGUAACAGCAGUAUCAACGACAGCAGGGCCAGUGAGCCAAUUAUCAAUUCGGUGGUAUUGCUGAUCCUGCUGAGCGCCCUGACUGAUCCUGACCAGUACCACUUAACGAGUGCUGAGCUGGGGGGUGAAUUCGAAUUUAUGGAUGAUGCCAAUAUGUGCAUAGCUACAGCAAUUUCUCUCCUUAUGAUUCUGAUCUGUGCAAUGGCUACAUAUGGAGCAUAUAAGCAACAUGCAGCUUGGAUCAUUCCUUUCUUCUGUUACCAGAUCUUUGACUUUGCUCUCAACACAUUGGUUGCCAUCAGCGUACUUGUCUAUCCCAGCACAAUUCAGGACUACCUCCGCCAGCUGCCCACCAACUUUUCCUACAAGGAAGAGAUCAUGUCUGUGAACCCAACCUGUCUGGUUGUGAUUAUACUUCUUUUCAUAAGUAUCAUUUUGGCUUUUAAGGGUUACUUGAUAAGCUGCGUGUGGAACUGUUACCGAUACAUUAACAGCAGAAACAACUCAGACGUGUUGGUUUACAUUACCACCAAUGACACUGCGGUGCUGUUGCCACCUUAUGACGAUCCUGUGAAUGGAGCUGCUAAAGAUCCACCACCACCUUAUGUAUCGGCAUAAGUGAAAACAUGCUAUGUACAGAGGGAGGAUAGCUUUACUUUUCAGAUGUUGGAGCAAUAGUUUGAUAAUUUCACUUCCAGGAUAUAACCUCUAUGGGUUAUACAUUGCUGUUUUGCUGGUGUAUUGAAACCUAAACUGUAUGAAUAAAAAUCUGUAGAUAGUUUUAAUAAUGUGCUGCGACUACAGUAGUGUGCUGAACUAGUUUCAGAACUAUUCUGGGUAGUGAUAAGGUAGCAGUAGUCACUGAAUAGCUUUUUCCACCCUGUCUGACAUGCAGUGCUAGAGAACUCAGAACUCUGCAGUCUCAGUCAGGUUCAGUGUAACUUUCCUUUUUUAUUUAAAAAAGUUCCAGAGCAUUAAAAUGUGUUUCUCAAAAGCCCACUUUCCCCUUGAGAAUACAGACCAAGUCCAAAGAGGUGACAUUCAACUUCAUUCCUCUUCCACAAAAAAUUGUUAAAUUAUUGCAAUGAAAGAUGAUGACUGCUAGAGGAACAAUGAGUGUUAGCUACUAUUCUCAUCAACCUGAUUAGUGGGAAACAUUUAAUUGGGAAAAAUGGGUAUGGCAAAUCAGAGCAGACAAAGUGCUCUGUGAUGUACUGGAGCAAGCCAGGAUCUGUGGACUACAUAGAGUCACUUCGUCCCAGCCCGCAACCGUUCAAAAAAAAAAAUUGUUGCCCACUUCUAGUAAUUUUCUUUUUCUCUCUAUACAGCUUUUUCCGCUCCAGCAACCUCUUAAACAGUCACAAAAUCUUUGCUUUUGGAGGUCAAAACCCUAUACUUUUAAAGUCACAUGUUUUGGUGAGAAAGCUACAUCUUUGGCACUCAAUAUGCAAAUGUUUUUCCGUUGGAAUGUGCCUGUAAAUACUGCCGUGUUCUUUUGAGUGUGAAGUAAAUUAUGCAGAUACUAAAGUAUAUUUCCCCAAGCUAUGGGAAACUUAUGCAUGUAGCUUCCUCAAGCAUUAGCAAAUACCUUUUGCGUGUUUCUCAUGUACAUAAACGUGGGGAUUUUAGAUUCCUUUCUAUGACUGAACUGGUUGUGCUGAGAAUCUUUCUCAUGGGACUCAUCCAUCUAUGAAUGCUUGUGUGAGGUAUUUUUUUCUUCCUCUGAGAAGUGCCUCCUGCACAUGCAACUUUUUGUUGUUGAUGAAAGUUCUACUUUUUACUGAAAAGGAACACAAAAAGGAAAUAAAAUGAGCGUGUUUCUACCUCUCAUCACUCCCUCCCCAUGGUGCCUCCUCUGCAUUUUGGGGUAAUUAAACAUGCUGACUGAUGCCAUUGCACACAGUGUUAGGCAAAGGGCAGUGCAGAGCUGAACCAUAAUUUGGGAGGACACCAGAAGAAACUGUUCCUGCAGGAGGCGCGCUCUCUCCUGUAAGUGGCCUGACAUGCGAGUCUGUGACCUUCCUAAGGAAGACACAUGUUCUUGCCCACUGUGCACUGACUCCAUUGUGCAGACCAAAGAAAAGGUUUUCCUGCCUUUUUCUGGAAAAGAGUUUUCCAGAGGAACACAGGACUUAAAACUUAUUUUCAGAGAGGUUGCCACUGUGAUCUGUCCUUGCAGAGGUCAUGGGAGGAAAGGCAAGGCUCUCUUUCUGCCUCUCUUCCACACAUCUAGGAAAAGGCAGGUCCCAAUCUGUCUACCGACGUUUAACUCCAUGCUUCACUCGCUCUGAGAUCAAACUCAGCAAUGCUUUUGAACUAAUCUUCAAGUCUAUCCUUUGUUCUCUGCCACACUCAAAUUGCUCUCUUCAGGAUAACUCUAUGCACUAUUAUCUCAUUACAAUUAGCUUUCAGAAUUAAACUGAAUUUGGGGGUUGGGCUGGCUUUCUAGGCUUCUGAGCUUCAUUUUCUUUCAUUCUUGAUUGAUUUGUGAGGGAUUUUAAAUAGUCAUCUGUUUGAGAAAAGCUGGUUGUAAAUACAUCUCAUCUGUGUAUACAAACUUCUCUACAAUAAAGGGGUGUUUCCUCAA